UUCCACGCACGCCACCCAGGAACAUCCAGGUGUACAACCCCACCCCCAACAGCCUGAACGUGCGCUGGGAGCCCGCCACAGGCCAGGUUCAGCAGUACCGCGUGGUGUAUUCCUCCCUCAGCGGAACCAGAUCCACGGGGUCGGUUCUGGUUCCAGGAAAUAUUAACAACGGCUUCCUGGACAACCUGAUCCCAGACACUCCCUACUCCGUCAGCGUCUCAGCCAUGUACGCCGACGGAGAGGGAUCACCGGUGAACGGCAACGGCAAAACACUGCCACGUGCCGGUCCCAGGAACAUGCGUGUGUUUGAUGCCACCACCAGCACCCUCACCAUCGGCUGGGACCACGCCGAGGGCCCGGUGAGGCAGUACAGGAUCGCCUACGCUCCCAUGACCGGAGACCCCAUCACUGAGUUUACUGUGGUUCCUGGAAACAGAAACAACGCCAUGCUGCAGAAUCUGCAACCAGACACCCCGUACAACAUCACCGUGGAGGCCAUCUACGCCGAGGGGCCCGGAGGGUCGCUCAACGGACCCGGACGCACAGUCGGCCUCCUGAGCCCCAGGAACCUUCGCGUCUCGGAUGAGUGGUACACCCGCUUCAGAGUGUCCUGGGACCCGGUGGCGGCGCCUGUCCAGGGUUACAAGCUGAUCUACUCUCCUCAAGGCACGAACCAGUGGGUGGAUAUGUUUGUGGGCGACGUCUCCUCUUACACGCUGCACAACCUGCAGCCUGGAACCCCCUACGACGUCAAAGUCAUCGCUCAGUACACCGGCGGUCUGAGCGCACCGCUCGUUGGACUGGGAACCACACUUUACCUGAACGUCACCAACAUCGAGACCUACAACGUCGAUCACGACAAGUUCUGCAUCAAGUGGACUCCUCACAGGUCGGCCACGUCGUACCGCAUCAAACUCAACCCAGCCGACCCCUCCAGUAAAGGACAGCAUGAGAUCACCAUCCCCGCCGGCCUGCCUCAGUACUGCUUCGACGGACUCUCACCCGACGCCCUGUACACCGCCACCGUGUUCGUUCAGACGCCAAACCUGGAGGGACCGGGCGUCAGCGCCAAAGAGAGAACACUGGUGAAGCCAACUCCAGCUCCAACUCUCCCACCGACCCCAACACCUCCGCCCACCAUCCCCCCCGCAUGGGCAGUUUGCAAAGGUGCCAAAGCAGAUGUGGUGUUCCUCAUCGACGGCUCCUGGAGCAUCGGCGAGGAGAGCUUCACCAAGGUCCGACACUUCGUCUCCGACAUGAUCGGAGCCUUCGAUGUCAUCGGACCCUCCGGAAUGCAGGUGUCGUUUGUCCAGUACAGCGACAGCGCGAAGACGGAGUUCAUGCUGAAAGCUUACCAAGACAAAGGUGUGGCCAUGGCGUCACUUAAUCACAUUCGCUACAGAGGAGGAAACACAAAGACAGGAAUGGCCCUGAAACACACCUACGAGAAGGCCUUUUCAAUGGAGAACGGAAUGAGGAGAAACGUCCCCAAGAUUGUCGUCUCCAUCACAGACGGACGAUCUCAGGACGAGGUGAAGAAGAGCGCCGCCAAGCUUCAGCAUUCAGGUUACAGCGUCUUCGCCAUCGGCGUCGCCGACGUGGACUUUGUGGAGUUGCAGGAGAUCGGCAGCAAACCCAGCGACAGACACGUCUUUGUCGUAGACGACUUUGAUGCUUUUGACACCAUCAAAGAAAACCUGAUCACCUUCAUCUGUGAAACUGCAACGUCCUCGUGUCCCCUGAUUUUCCUGAAUGGAUUCACUUCACCGGGCUUCAGGAUGCUCGAGGCGUUCAACCUGACGGAGAAGACCUACAGUUCCGUGAAAGGCGUUUCCAUGGAGCCGGGCUCCUUCAACAGCCACACGGCGUACAGACUCCACAAGAACGCCUUCCUGAGUCAGCCCACGACAGAGGUCCACCCUGACGGACUCCCCCACGCCUACACCAUCAUCCUCCUGUUCCGCCUGCUCCCCGACUCGCCCAGCGAGGCCUUCGACAUCUGGCAGGUGUCAAACAAGGACCACAAGCCAGAGACCGGCGUCACCAUCGACCCCUCCAGCCAGACCGUGUCCUUCUACAACAAAGACGAGCGUGGCGAGAUCCAGAGGGUCACGUUCGACAACAGUCAAGUGAAGAAAAUCUUCCACGGAAGCUACCACAAGUGCCACUCCUCGCCGCUGGAGUCGCUGUGGGUCAAGGCGGCUCCAACGAAGCGCAACGGCGACAGUCCAGCGUGA